GUCACAUCAUAUAGUUAGAGAUUACUACCCGUUUUUACUGUGUCUAUUGCUGGCUUUUUGAAAAGGAGCAAAAUGUGUAAUGGUUGUGUGCAGAAAGAGUACCCUGACAGGGGGAACACAUGUUUGGAGAAUGGCUCCUACCUGAUGAACUACCUGGGCUGUGCCAACUGUCACCAGAGGGACUUUGUGUUGAUCAGCAACAAGGCCACAGAAGAUGAGGAUGGAGAAGAGAUAGUCACCUAUGAUCAUGUGUGUAAAAACUGUGACCACGUCGUAGCCAGGCAUGAGUAUACCUUCUCUGUGGUGGACGAUUAUCAGGAGUACACAAUGUUGUGCAUGCUGUGUGGGAAGGCGGAGGACUCCAUCAGUGUGCUGCCAGAUGAUCCCAGGCAAACCGCCCCUCUCUUCUAGAAGAGUACAAUGACAGACUGAGAUGACCAGAUGUAAACAAUCAAGAACUGCUAGCUCAACAUGGACCAGAAGUCCCAUGAAAGAGAUAGACUAUUAGCAUUCUAGAAAAUAGAGCAGGUAUUCUAGAACACAUAUCACAUCUCAAACCCAAAGCCAUAUAGCCAUGCAUCUCCAUGUGGCUCUGCCCAGACAUAACAUUUCACUUAUAGAACACAGAGCUUGUCUAAGAUGGCAAGUCCUAUAUUCAUCAAACUGAAAGAACAAUACCAGUCUUCUUUAACAUAGAUUUUUCAUCAGCAGUAAGGGUAAGCAAAGACUACAUAGUAUAGUACAUGCUACUCUUCACUGACCACAGAUGUAUAUACUGUCCAAUUUUGCUAGAAUUAGAUUUAGGGCCUAGUUCACUCAGUAACAACCCCAACCCCCUACCCCAUAAGCACUAUCAGAGAUUAAUCUUGGCUUAUCAGAGCGCAAGAAGGAGCUACUACCAUAUCACAUAUAGCUAUGGAUCUACAUUAAGUUUAUUGAAGGUUUGGGGGCUAGGGGUUGUUUCUGGACAGGGUCUAGGUUGGGGCUAAGGGUUGUUUCUGGAUAGGGUUUAGGUUGGGGCUAAGGGUUGUUUCUGGAUAGGGCCUAGAUUGGGGCUAAAGGUUGUUUCUGGACAGGGCCUAGGUUGGGGCUAAGGGUUGUUUCUGGACAGGGCUUAGGUUGAGGUUAUUUUGUAGGGCUUGGAACCCUAGUUAGACUGCUGUUAAGGAUACAUAACUGUUACAGAUCACAUGUCUGUUUAAAUAGAUUUGACAGUAUUGUUUUUUAAAUAUAAAUAUUAAGUAAAACAAAUGUUUGUAUGUUUGGGGGGCAAUGGAACUUGACACUUUGUACGCAUUUGUUGGUUGAAUCGUAACGUAAUAAAGACAACGUGUAGGU